UUCGAGGGCUGGUGCUUUGGGGCGGAGGACGUGAUUGGGGUGGGGGAGUGCGUGUUUCAGACGGGGAUGGUGGGAUACGUGGAGGCGUUGACGGAUCCGUCGUACAAGGACCAGAUUUUGGUGUUGGCGUACCCGUUGAUAGGGAAUUACGGGGUGCCAGAGGAGGCGGCGGGGGCGAGAGAGGAGGGAGAGUUUCCGCUGAGCGAGUACAUGGAGUCGAACGCCAUACAGGUGGCGGGCUUGGUGGUGUGCGACUAUUGCGGAGACGAGGUGUACUCGCACUGGAGGUCGGUGAGGUCGUUGGGGGCGUGGCUGAAGAGGCACGGCGUGCCGGCGAUAAGCGGCGUGGACACGAGGGAGCUGAUAAAGAGGAUACGAGACGGGGGGAACGCGUUGGCGAAGCUGUACCCGAGUCGGAUGGAGCCGGAGGCGCGCAGGGCGCCCUACUACGACCCGAAUUUGACGAACCUGGUGGAGAGGGUGUCGGUGGACCGCAGGAGGUGGCUGGUGCCGGAGGGGGGGGGGGGGCCGAGGGUGUUGGUGGUGGAUUUUGGAGUGAAGCACAGCCAGUUGAGGUGCUUGUUGAGGUUGGGGGCGAGGAUGUUGGUGGUGCCGUGGGACGACCCGUUUUCCGAGGUCGACCCGGGGGAGUACGACGGGUUGUUUCUGAGCAAUGGGCCCGGCGACCCGUUGAUGUUGGACGGCGCCAUACAGCAGAUAAGGACGGUGUUGGAGAGGGAGGGCGCGUCGGAGAGGCCGAAGCCGAUAUUCGGCGUCUGCUUGAGCAACCAGUUGAUUGGCGCGGCGAUAGGAGCGAAGAUCCGCAAGCUCAAGACGGGCAACCGCGGACACAACCAGCCCUGCGUGGACCUGAUGACGGGUAGGUGCCACUUGACCAUGCAGAACCACAGUUACGUGAUUGACGAGUCCACGCUGCCCGCGCCGUGGAGGCCCUACUUCGUCAACGCGAACGACGGGACGAACGAGGGGAUCUACCACCCGGCGCGCCCCUGGUUCUCCGUGCAGUUCCACCCGGAGGCGGGCGGCGGUCCCAAGGACACGGAGUACCUGUUCGAGAAGUUCGUCUGCUUGGCCAGGGGAGAGCCGUGCGAGCACCCGAUGAGCAGGCCGUACGAGCCCGACGUGCAGAGGACGAGGGUCUCGAAGGUGCUGCUGCUCGGCUCGGGCGGGCUGUCGAUAGGACAGGCCGGCGAGUUCGACUACGCGGGCUCGCAGGCGAUCAAGGCGAUGUGCGAGGAGGGGAUCAGGGUCGUCCUGGUGAACCCGAACGUGGCGACGGUGCAGACGACGACGGGGCUGGCGGACAAGGUGUACUUCUUGCCGAUCACGGUGGAGUACGUGAGCAAGGUGAUCGAGCAGGAGCGCCCGGACGGCAUCAUGCUGCAAUUCGGCGGACAGACCGCGCUCAAUUGCGGCGUAGAGCUGUAUAAGACCGGCGUCUUGCGCAAGUACUCGGUGCAGGUCCUCGGCACCAGCGCGGAGACAAUCAUCGCCACCGAGGACCGCCAAAUGUUCGCCGACAGGCUCCUGCGCAUAAACGAGCGCAUAGCGCCCAGCAUGAUCUCCAGCACCGUCGACCAGGCGCUCCAGGCCGCCGACUCGAUCGGCUACCCCGUCAUCCUCCGCACAGGAUUCGCGCUCGGCGGACUCGGCAGCGGCUUCGCCAGCGACCCCGCCGAGAUGGCGCGCGUCGCCGCCAGCGCGCUCGCGUCCGGCGACUACGUCCUCGUCGAAAAGUCCUUCAAGGGCUGGAAGGAGGUCGAGUACGAGGUCGUCAGGGACGCCUACGACAACUGCGUCACCGUCUGCAACAUGGAAAACUUCGACCCCCUCGGCAUACACACCGGCGAGUCCAUCGUUGUCGCGCCCUCCCAGACCCUCUCCGACCGCGACUACCACUCCCUGCGCCGCGUCGCCAUCAAGGUCGUGCGCUGCCUCAAAGUCAUCGGCGAGUGCAACAUCCAAUUCGCCUGCGACCCCACCAGCGAGGACUACUACAUCGUCGAAGUCAACGCCCGCCUCUCCCGCUCCUCCGCCCUCGCCUCCAAGGCCACCGGCUACCCUCUCGCCUUCGUCGCCGCCAAACUCGCUCUCGGCUACAGCCUGCUCGAGGUCAGGAACUCGCUCGCCAGCUGCGUCACCGCCUGCUUCGAGCCCAGCCUCGACUACAUCGUCGUCAAAAUGCCCCGCUGGGACCUCAACAAGUUCUCGCGCGUCUCCAAGCACAUCUCCACCAGCAUGAAGUCCGUCGGCGAGGUCAUGGCCAUCGGCCGCUGCUUCGAAGAAGCCAUCCAAAAAGCCAUCCGCAUGGUCAAGCCCGGCCGCGGCCUCGGCUUCAGCCCCGACGAACUCAGCCUCGACCUCGACCCCACCUCCCCCAAGGACGCCCUGCUCCGGCAAAUCGACCACGGACUCUCUCACCCCAGCGACGAGCGCGUCUUCCUCAUCGCCACCGCCUUCCUCCACGGCUACACGCCCGCGCGCAUCCACGCUCUCACCAAAAUCGACUGCUGGUUCCUCCACAAGCUCGCCAACAUCUACGCCCACAGCCUCGCCCUCUCCUCCCUCGACCACGGCGCCCUCGACGCCCCCCUCCUCCUCGAGUCCAAACGCCUCGGCUUCAGCGACAAAUACAUCGCCUUCUGCGUCAAGAGCACCGAAACCAUCAUCCGCAACUGCCGCGAGUCCUGGGGCAUCCUCCCCGUCGUCAAGCAAAUCGACACCGUCGCCGCCGAGUACGAACUCGACGACCUCAACUACAACUACAUGACCUACUGCGGCACCCACGACGACUGUCCCCCCGCCGCCCAGCUCGCCCCCAACAAGAGCAACUCCGUCGUCGUGCUCGGCAGCGGCUCCUACUCCAUCGGCUCCAGCGUCGAGUUCGACUGGUGCGCCGUCUCCGCCGUCAAAACCGUCAAAGCCCUCGGCUACCAAACCAUCAUGAUCAACUACAACCCCGAAACCGUCUCCACCGACUACGACCAAUGCGACAAACUCUACUUCGAGGAACUCAGCCUCGAACGCGUCCUCGACAUCUGCAAGCGCGAGCGCCCCAUGGGCGUCAUCGUCAGCAUGGGCGGCCAAAUCUCCAACAACAUCGCCAUCUCCCUCUCCAAAGAGGGCGUCCGCAUCCUCGGCACCCACCCCGACAUGAUCGAGGCCGCCGAAAACCGCUACAAGUUCAGCCGACUCCUCGACAAAAUCGGCGUCGACCAACCCAAAUGGCGCGAGUGUCGCAACCUCCACGACACCAUCGCCUUCUGCAGGGAAGUCGGCUACCCCUGCCUCGUCCGCCCCAGCUUCGUCCUCUCCGGCGCCGGCAUGAGCGUCGUCCACACCGACUCCGAACUCGCCGCCUACCUCGACGAAGCCGGCACCUUCAGCAAGGACUCCCCCAUCGUCAUCAGCAAGUUCAUCUCCAACGCCAAGGAAAUCGACGUCGACGCCGUCGUCCAACGCGGCACCGUCAUCGCCCACGCCAUCCUCGAACACGUCGAAAACGCCGGCGUCCACUCCGGCGACGCCAUCCUCCUCCUCCCCUCCCAAGACCUCGACUACCGCACCACCGCCAACAUCACCGACACCGUCCGCAAAAUCGCCAUGUCCCUCGACGUCUCCGGCCCCUUCAACAUCCAAUUCAUCGCCAAAGACGACGAAAUCAAGGUCAUCGAGUGCAACCUCCGCGCCUCCCGCAGCUUCCCCUUCGUCAGCAAAACCCUCCUCGUCGACUUCGCCGAAAUCGCCACCAAAGUCAUCAUGGGCGUCACGCUCAAGCCCCUCGACAUCGACCUCUCCAAAAUCCCCUACGUCGGCAUCAAAGUCCCCCAAUUCUCCUUCUCCAGACUCGAGGGCGCCGACCCCAUCCUCGGCGUCGAAAUGGCCUCCACCGGCGAGGUCGCCUGCUUCGGCGAGUCCAAAUACGUCGCCUUCUUCAAAGCCAUGUCCGCCACCGGCUUCAAGUGGCCCAAAAACAAAAUCAUGCUCCUCAGCAUCGGCUCCUACGCCGAAAAACUCGAAUUCCUCCCCUCCGUCAAAAAACUCAUCGACCUCGGAUUCACCCUCUACUGCACCCCCGGCACCUCCGACUACCUCUCCGAGCACGGCCUCCCCGUCAAAACCGUCUUCUGGAACUCCGACUCCCCCGAGGACGACUCCAGCGUCAACCACCUCCUCCUCCGCUCUCAAAUCGACGCCUGCAUCAUCCUCCCCUUCAAAAACCGCUUCAAGCGACCCUCCUCCGUCUUCACCAACGGCUACAUCACCAGGCGACUCGCCGUCGACCGCGCCAUCUCCCUCAUCACCAACAUCAAGGUCGCCAAACUCAUGGUCGAAACCAUGUCCAGACUCUUCCACCAAAUCAAGCACCCCGACCAAAUCCGCCUCAUCCACGACGACGUCCGCAGCAAGUCCACCGGCAUCGUCACGCUCCCCGGCCUCUACGACCUCCACGUCCACCUCCGCGAGCCCGGCGACGCGCACAAGGAAGACUGGGACACCGGCACCGCCGCCGCGCUCGCCGGAGGAAUCACCUUCGUCGGCGUCAUGCCCAACACCCGCCCACCCAUCACCGACCUCGACUCGCUCCUCCUGGUUCACAAACUCGCCUCCGCCAAGGCCAGGUGCGACUACGGCCUCUACCUCGGCGCCAGCUCCGACAACGCUCGACCCCUCGCCGACCUCGCCCUCAACUCCCUCCGCGCCAACGGCGACCCCCACUCUCCGCCCCCCGUCCUGGCUCUCAAAAUGUACCUCAACAAAACCUUCACCACCCUCCAACUCAACUCCCUCUCCACCUGGACCGAACACUUCGCCCGCUGGCCAAAACACCUCCCCAUCUGCGUCCACGCCGAACUCGAACUCGUCGCCUCCGUCAUCGCCCUCGCCCACCUCCACUCCCGCUCCGUCCACAUCUGUCACGUCUCCAGAAAAGACGAAAUCCUCCUCAUCCGCCAAGCCAAGCAAAAAGGCGUCCAAGUCACCUGCGAAGUCUGUCCCCACCACCUCUUCCUCUGUCAAGACGACCUCCCCAACCUCCCCGGCCCCAACCCCACCCCGCCCGGCUGGUUCAAAGUCGCCCCCCCCCUCGCCACCAAAUCCGACCAAGACUCCCUCUGGGACAACAUCGACGUCAUCGACGUCAUCUCCACCGACCACGCCCCACACACACUCUCCGAAAAGAGCGACCCGCACCUCGACCGCGUCCCCCCCGGCUUCCCAGGCCUCGAAACCGUCCUCCCACUCAUGCUCACCGCCGUCAACCAAAAACGCCUCACCCUCGACGACCUAAUCCAAAAAAUGCACACCAACCCCAGAAAAAUCUUCCACCUCCCCGAACAACCCGACACCUACCUCGAAGUCGACCUCCACGAAGAGUGGACCAUCCCCCCAAAAAUGCCCUACUCCAAGUGCCAGUGGACCCCCUACGCCGGCAUGAAAGUCAAAGGACAGCUUCGACGCGUCUUCCUGCGCGGCCAACUCGCCAUGGUCGACGGCAAAGUCUUCGCCCCCUGCGGCUCCGGCUCAAACCUAUCGGCCCCCCAACGCCCCUCCGACAAGCCACCCCGCCCCGCCGAACCCCCCACCCCCCUCUCCGACAACGCCUCCCUCGGCCCCGUCCCAACCCCCAACAAACAAGACGCGACCGACUCGCUCAGCCCCUUCCUCAAACCCCGCAUGCCGCCCUUCCACAUCCUGAAGAUAAAGCAGUUCUCUCACCAACAACUCCACGACAUCUUCACCUCCGCCUCCAACAUGAAGACCCGCCUAGACCGACUCGGCUCCCUCGACACCCUCAAGGGCAAAAUCCUCGCAAACGUCUUCUACGAGCCCAGCACCAGAACCUCCAACUCCUUCCACAGCGCCAUGUCCAGACUCGGCGGCUCCGUCCUCUCCUUCUCUCCCAACACCUCCUCCGCCGCCAAGGGAGAGGGAUUCGAAGACACCAUCCGCACCUUCUCCAUGUACGCGGACGUCCUAGUCGUUCGGCACCCAGAAGCGGGCUCGGCCGAGCGCGCCGCCGCCGUCUCCCAAGUCCCCGUCAUCAACGCGGGAGACGGCACCGGCGAACACCCCACCCAAGCCCUGCUCGACGCCUUCACCAUCCGCGAGGAACUGGGCACCAUACACGGGUUCCACUACACCUUCGUCGGCGACCUCAAACACGGGCGCACCGUCCACUCCCUAGUCCAGCUGCUCAGCCUCUACAAAAAGCUCAAAAUCACCUACGUCGCCAGCGACUCGCUGCAAAUCCCCAACUCCGUCUGGAACCAGGUCGCGCAAAACACCUCCAUCACUCAAACGCGCGCCAGCCGGCUGGAAGAGGCCAUCCUCAAGAGCACCGACGUCCUGUACGUCACCAGAAUACAAAAAGAACGGUUCUCCUCGCCCGAGGAAUACGAGGCCGUCAAGGGAAGCUACGAAAUCACCCCACACACGCUGACCCACGCCAAGGAGUCCAUGAUCCUCAUGCACCCCCUCCCCCGCGUCGGCGAGAUAGACCCAUCUCUGGACACCGACUCCAGAGCCGCCUACUUCAGGCAGGCGAAAAACGGCCUCUACGUGAGAAUGGCCCUGCUGGCGAUGGCGCUAAAUAAAUAAAGCCGCGGC